GGGCCUUGGUAUUGCUAGUCUGACUCCGGAAUAGCAACUUGUCCAUUCCUCGCCUUCCCAUUAAGGAGAUUACGAUCCCGCAUUCUGGGGAUGGCCUGGGGAUAGCGUGGGCGAAGACUGAUGAGCUUGGUGAGGCGACGACGAAGAUGAUUGUUUCCUACGUACAGAGUUCGGGGGACUUUAGGUGGUUGAAUAAAAUGGUGUUGUUAUCGGGACCACGGGUUUUGUCGUUGGAGUCGGUUGAUAUUCUGGGGAGGGUUACUGGGAAGAACGUGAGGAUCAGAGAGAUUUCGGCUGAUGAGUAUGCGGAGUUGCCAUUCAAAGAGAAGUAUUGGUAUCGUGGGGUGAAUCUCUUGAAGGAUUAUACAUCGUGCUGGGAGGCGUUCAGAUGAGGGGAAGCGGCAGUCGUGUCGCCUUUGCUGGGGGAGAUACUGGGGAGGGAACCGGAGGAUUUCGAGACGACUGUAAGAGGGUUGUUGACCUAGGUGGUAGGUACAACAAAUAGCGAUAUCGGUAUCUUCUAGAUGAUCAACGGAUACGCACUUGGGUAAUAUCAGGGGGGCCCUAUGAUGCAAUGGGGCUCCAUCCCCACAAAAUAGCCAAGAAACACAAUUCUG